CUCUCUUGUCUGUGUCAUUGCGAGGAAGCAGAGGGCAUUCAAGUGAGGCGGGGGCUACUAACAGUUUUGCUUUUCAGAUAUGCCGGUGUAUUGUGAUCCAUGUGGGCGCUGGUUCGUGAACUCGUCCGCACUCGAACAACACGAGCAGGACUCUCCCAAACACAGACCCUUCGAAUGUCCCGUCUGUGAUGAUCGCUUUCGAGACGAGGAGGAUGUGGACGAGCAUCGAGAGGAAGAGCACAACUGCUGCAUUGCAUGUGAACGCUACUUCGGAAGCUAUGGAGCUUUGGACCAGCACCGUCAGAAUUCUCCCAAGCAUAACUUGCUUGAAUGCCCCAUCUGUGACGAUCGAUUCUCUGACGAAAAUGAUCUCGAUGAGCACCGCGAGGAAGAACACUACUGUUGUAUUCAAUGCGAUCGAUACUUCGUGAACGAAAGUGCGCUUGAACAGCACCGCCAGUGCUCUUCCAAGCAUCGCUUCGAGUGCCCCACGUGCGACUAUGUCUUCCGUUCUGAGGACGACUUGACCGAGCAUCGCGCAGACGAUCACAACUGCUGUGUUAAGUGUGCGCGGAACUUCCAGAGUCAGCAGAACCUGCAGACACACCUGAAGUCGUCCGCACACCGAGACAGAACCUUGCCGUGUCCAGGCCGAAAAUGCACCAAGCGGUUCAUAUCCGGCGCUGGGCUGCUGCUGCACCUCGAGUCCGGCAUGUGCCCUUCGAGGUUGACGCGUGAGCGCGUCAACCAGCUCGCCGUGCAGUACGACCGGACGAACGUCAUCACGAACGCGUCGCGCCUCGUCGCGGGGCCAGACGGCUACGCCAUGCCACAGCCACCGGUGAUCUCCAUCGCGACGUCUCUGUCGUUCAACGGCCAGAACUAUGAAUGCUUCUUGUGCCAUCGAGAGUACAAAACCCUCGAUCGGCUCAACCAGCACCUCAGCAGUCCUGCCCAUGACGACGAGAUCUACAGGUGCCCGAAGGCGUGGGACGGGUGCGGCGCGGAGUUUCGCACGCUGAGUGCGCUCUGCCAACACGUCGAGAGCGAGCAGUGCGGAAUUCGUAAGUUCAACGACCCAAUGCAGAACGUAAUGGAGAAGAUGUCUGCGGCCUUGAAAGGGCUCAUUCUCUAAAUCUAUCGGAGCUCGCCCCGUCUGUAUCAUUACUACUGAAAAUUUGAAGACGGGCUGAAAUGUAUAGUAGAAGUAGACCUCCGUGUGACUUGUUUCCUCCAAAAACUCAAGGACUGUAUUGAAUGUUAGCACUUUACCGACGCGUUUUUGGUUGGCCGACGCGUAUGUUCACGUGGCAUACAUUGCCGCGAGUUGCCGAUCGCUACAACGGGAACUGCUACCUCUUGAUCUGUUCCCUGCUGGUUGCUUUUGUUCUCUGAGUCUCACUUGGUUUUACUCUCCGGGACUAUUGACAGUACAUAUGUUCCACCGCA